AUGGAUCUAUGGUUUUAUUCGAUCCGGAUUUGCUGGUGGAGGGUUUUGUUACUGAUGAGUGUUUUCCAGGACUAUCUGAGCUCCAUGCUGGACUGCCCGCCGACCUGCAGCUGCUCUCAAACAGAGAUCUAUUGCAAUAAGUCCGACAACGGCAGAUUUUUCCCUUUACUCGCCCUGCAAGAUACUGGGAGCAAUGGGACGAAUGUUGACAUAGCAGAGUUAUCCAAAAACAUCUCCUCUAUACACAUAGAGAACUGGACAGGAUUGCAGACUCUGAGAGACGUGGAUAUGGAGCUCUAUACUGGACUACAGAGACUAACAAUCAUGAAUUGCAACCUGAAGGUGAUCCAGGCUCGAGCUUUUGCUCAGAACCAACACCUACGCUACAUAAACUUGUCAAAGAAUCCUCUCACCACUCUGUCAUGGCAACUCUUCCAGCACCUCCAACUCUCAGAGCUGCGUCUGGACGGCGUGGUGUUUGACUGCGGCUGUGAUAUCCGCUGGAUCCAGCUGUGGCAGCAGAGAGGAGAGGCUGGGCUCCACACGCAGGAGUUGUACUGCAGGAACGGUGCCUCCAAGAUACGACUGCACAACAUGUACAUCCACAACUGCGACUUGCCGGAGAUCAGCGUGAGCCACAGCAGCGCGUUAGUGAUGGAGGGCGACAAUGUGACGGUGAGCUGCAAUGGAUCCGGGUCACCGCUGCCUGAAGUGGACUGGACUGUCAGCGGCCUGCACUCCAUCAACACACACCUGUCUAACGUGUACUGGCCAAACAUCCACUCCAUCAACCUGACUCUUUUCAACAUCAGCCGAGAUGACAACAACUUCCAGCUGACCUGCAUUGCAGAGAACGUGGUGGGGAUGACCAACUACUCCAUUCAGCUCAACGUACAGUUUCCUCCAGUCAUCCUGAGACUGGCUGAACCCGAACAGCGCCACGAUACCUGCAUCGAGUUCACGGUUCGGGGUUACCCACACCCCAAGCUACGCUGGUUCCACAAGCAGAAGGAGAUCCUCCAGAAUGAUUACAUCCGAACUGAGAUGGACUUCUAUCAGGACUAUCUAGAGGGCUGUCUGACUUUCCAGAACCCAACGCACAUCAACAAUGGCAACUACACCCUGGAGGCCAGCAACCCUCUGGGAACGGUCACCAAGACGGUGUACGGUCACUUCCUCUUUGCACCAGAAAUCGAUGAGGGUGAGACGAUCUUUUCUGCUUGGUAUCUGUUUCUCUUUACUACGACGCCGUCAGAUGGUGGUUCAGGCCGACCAGAUGAAGACUCGUUCGGGGUUUCCAUCGCCGUGGGUUUGGCGGGCUUCGCUUGCGUCCUCCUCCUCGUUCUUUUUGUUCUCAUCAACAAAUACGGCCGGCGCUCCAAAUUCGGUAUGAAAGGUCCAGUAGCUGUGAUCAGUGGUGAAGAAGACUCUGCCAGCCCUCUUCAUCAUGUCAACCAUGGGAUUAUUACCCCCUGUACUCUGGACGCGGGUCCUGAUGCGGUUGUCAUAGGGAUGACUCGCAUUCCUGUGGUGGAAAAUCCUCAGUACUUUAGACAUGGACACAACUGCAACAAGCCAACCACCCUUGUCCAGCACAUAAAGCGGAGAGACAUCAUCCUGAAAAGGGAGUUGGGUGAAGGAGCGUUUGGUAAAGUCUUCCUGGCAGAGUGUUACAACCUCUGUCCCACCAAGGACAAGAUGCUGGUGGCUGUCAAGACACUGAAAGAUCCCAACCUGUCAGCAAGAAAGGACUUCCAGAGGGAGGCUGAGCUGCUGACCAACCUGCAGCACGACCACAUCGUUAAAUUUUACGGAGUGUGUGUAGAUGGAGACCCUCUCAUCAUGGUGUUUGAAUACAUGAAGCAUGGAGACCUCAACAAAUUCCUCAGAGCCCAUGGCCCAGACGCCAUGAUCCUGGUAGACGGCCAGCCACUGCAGUCCAAUGGAGAGCUGGGCCUUUCCCAGAUGCUGCACAUCGCCACUCAGAUUGCCUCGGGUAUGGUCUACCUGGGCUCCCAGCACUUUGUCCACAGAGAUCUGGCAACCCGCAAUUGUCUCGUGGGCAAUGGCCUUCUGGUCAAGAUUGGAGACUUUGGCAUGUCCAGGGACAUCUACAGCAGCGACUACUACAGGGUUGGAGGACAUACAAUGCUACCUAUUCGCUGGAUGCCACCAGAGAGCAUCAUGUACAGGAAGUUCUCCACGGAAAGCGACGUCUGGAGCUUUGGAGUCAUCUUGUGGGAGAUCUUCACCUAUGGGAAGCAGCCCUGGUUUCAGCUGGGUAACAAUGAGGUUAUUGAGUGCAUAACCCAGGGUCGGGUUCUGGAGAGGCCUCGGAUUUGUCCUAAGGAGGUGUAUGACAUCAUGCUCGGCUGCUGGCAGAGGGAACCGCAGCAGCGACUGAACAUUAAGGACAUGCAGAAGGUCCUGUUCGCCAUGGGAAAAGCCACGCCAGUCUACUUGGACAUCCUGGGCUAG